UGUAGAUGAACCUAAUAAAGGGGAAUUCAUAGUUCCAAAACAUAUCACAAAUGAACAAGAAGUUGCAAUGCAGAUUGAGGGAAACAACAAUCAGGAGCCAACGAAGGACAUUAUGAAGGAGUUUGCUGCAGCAGCGAAGAAUUUGGCAGAAAGCAUGGCCAAUUUUGAUGAAAAAUUUCAAGAGGCUGCAAAGGUGUUACCUGAUGAUGAGACAAUGAAGGGUUUAAUGGGAAAAAUCAAUGGCCUUUUGAACACAUAUUCCUCAGAAAAGGGGAAACAAAAAGAAAUUGAAACUGAAGUGUCAUUGACUCCAGAUGAUGGGUACUGGACAGAAGAAGUGAUCAAAGCAGUUGAAGCUAUUGAAAUGACUCAGAAGAAGAGAGUGGAGAGGCCAACUUUUACACAGUAUGAAAAGCCAAGCUUCAAGUUGCUUUCAAAUGAGUCAAAUGACAUGGUGAAUACGUAUGAGGAUGAUGCUGAGCAUACUAAUGAAGUAUUUGAGCAGGCAGGCAAUGGUAUUGAGCAUUGAUACGUUUGUAAUUUCCAUAUGUAUGUUUGUGUUUUUAAUUAGUUUUGCCUGAUCUUUACUUUGGAAAUUACACACUUUUGGUGUAAUAGUUUAGUUUGUUAAAUUCUUGUAAAUAGUUUAGAUUAGGUAUAUUCUGAGCUCAAACAGGUCUUGAUCACUCAAAAGGACAAUUGGUGUACCCCAAAAGUGGAAGGAAGGUGCAAAAAUAAAAAAGAAAGAAGGAUCCUGAAAUUUUGGUCUAUACUCGGUCGAGUAUUACCUAUACUCGAUCAGGUAUUAGGUUGAAACUUCAAAUCGGAUCAGAUCCGAAGACAAGGGAACAUGCCGGGAAGAUUUCAACCACGAUUAAAUGUCUAUACCCGAUCGAGUAGACCGACAAAUGUCUAUACCUUUGAGUUUUAAACGAAAAUCGGUCGAGUAUGGCUCGAAUAUCACUUUCUAAGCAUACUCGACCGGGUAUAAACAUAUACUCGAUCGGGUAUACCUUUGGAAAAUAGCCUAAAACCGAUCGAGUAUACCUCGAAUCUGGUAUUACACACAUACUCGAUCGGGCACCAUUUCAAUUGUUACUUAUACACAAUUUUAAGUAUUAAUGAUCAUUUUUAAUAGGUUCUAUGCU